AUGUUUUGUUCCACAGUGGUGAUGCAGAGCUUCACGGUGGCAGUUUCCAGUCCUGAAGUGAUACGUGACAACAACGCGCUGCUCAAAUGCGUCGCUCCCAGCUUCGUCAAGGACUUCAUCACAGUCACCUCCUGGCUACAGGACUCCGCUUUGAACAUAUAUCCUUCCAGCGAUGGAGACGGCAAGGUGCACAUGAUGCCGUCUGGGGAGCUACUGGUGAUGGCGGUGAACGCGGAGGACGCGUUCUCGCGCUUCGAGUGCCGCGUGACGCACCGGCUGUCUGGCGCCACUUACACCACAGUAUUCAGCGCCGAGGCGAGCAUCACCGUGGUGGAGCCGAGCGGCGUGCAGAGUCCGCGCUUCUCGGAGCGCGCCCUCUCCGUCCAGGCCCGCCACGAGCAGAUGUUCGUCUUGCCCUGCGUCGCCCAGGGGCACCCGCCGCCCACCUACACGUGGGAGUUCGCAGACGCGGAGAUGCUGGACGACGAGACACGCUACAUGUCGUCGAGCGGCGCGCUCGUGCUGGUGCGCGCUCGCCCGUCGCACUCCGGCCGCUACUCCUGCCUGGCGCGCAACGCGGCCGGCGCCGCGCGCCUCGACGCCACGGUGGAGGUGGUGGCGCCGCUCUCUGUCCGCGUCACGCCGCAACUCCUGCUUGCCGGACUCAACAAGCCGGCGCAGCUGAGCUGCCAGAUCACGGGACACCCGGUGCGGUCUGUGACGUGGCUGAAGGACGGCCAGCCGCUGGCGGAGCACACGGCGGAGCUGCAGUUCCACAGCGUGGGCCGCGACGACCAGGGCAUGUACCAGUGCUUCGUGCGCAACGACGACGACGUUGCACAGGGCACCAGCGAGCUCCGCCUCGGAGACACUCCACCUCAAUUUGUUUAUCGCUUCAUUAGACAGACAAUUCAACCAGGACAACCAAUUUCACUGAAAUGUGUUGCUUCUGGAAACCCCACUCCCAACAUAAAGUGGGCACUUGAUGGAUUUCCAUUGCCACAUAAUGAAAGGUUUGUAAUUGGCCAAUAUGUGCCAUCACAUGGGGAUGUCAUUAGUCAUGUGAAUAUUACAAGUGUUCGUGUUGAAGAUGGAGGGACAUAUAGAUGCUUAGCAGUGAAUCGAGUGGGAGAAGUGGAACACAAUGCUCAACUUAAUGUCUACGGUCCACCAUACAUACGCGAAAUGGGUGAAAUAUCUGCUAUAGCAGGAGAGACUUUACGAGUAGAUUGCCCUGCAGCUGGUUAUCCACUAGAAAACAUUACAUGGCAUAGAGGAGACAGACAGCUACCUUACAACAGACGGCAGUUAGUCUUCCCGAAUGGAUCACUUAUAAUAGAGAAAGUACAACCAGCAGAAGACGAUGGACCUUAUAAAUGUGUUGCAACAAAUAAACAAGGAUAUGCUUCAAGUGGAAUAGCCAAGAUAAAUGUAAUGGUCCCACCAAAGAUCACUCCCUUCAGCUUCCGCUCAGAUGUCCACCUGGGAGAGCGGGUAGGUGUUCAGUGUGUCGUGAGCAAGGGGGAUGCUCCUCUGCAAAUACAGUGGUUGAAGGAUGACAUUGAAAUAGGGCACAAUUCUGCCAUCAAGGGUGUACUUGUGCGCCAUCUGGACCAGUUCACUAGUGUGCUGAGUAUUGCAGAACUAGAUCAAUCACAUGAUGGGAACUACACCUGUGUGGCCAGCAACCCUGCUGCCCGUGCUUCUCAUUCGGCCCCUCUGUCUGUUAAUGUUCCACCAACCUGGGUGGUUGAACCAAAGGAUACCUCAGCCAAGCUGGGACAGUCUGUAAUCAUAGACUGUAAAGUAGAUGGUUUCCCACAGCCCACAGUAUCAUGGAAAAAAGCAUCAGGUUCUAAACCUGGACAUUACUUGGAUUUAGCUCAUCAGCACAGAAAGGAAUCAAAACUGUUAAAAGUCAAUACUAACCCAGAACCAGUUCAGGUUUUAGCAAAUGGCUCCUUAUUUAUAGAAACAAUCUCUCAGGACGAUGAAGGACAUUAUCUGUGUGAGGCGAGCAACAAUAUUAGUGUUGGACUGAGUGCUGUAGUCCAGCUAACAGUACAUGCACCAGUCCGCUUCAAGUCCAGAUCUCAUAGGGAAAUGGUUCGCAAGAGUGGGACUGCUGUUCUCAGAUGUGAAGCUACUGGUGACUUGCCUAUAACUCUGUCAUGGCGUAAAGAAGGAAGUCCUAUUGAAAUGCAGAGCCAUAUGAGCAUGAAAAAUAUUACAAGUAACAAAGGAUUGACAUCAGAGCUAACAAUACAACAUGUCAGAAGUGGAGACGGAGGCAUUUACUCAUGCCUUGCUCUAAAUGAAUAUGGCCAUGAUCAGACAACAAUACAUCUCCUGAUGCAAGACUUACCAUCUCAACCUACUAAUGUCCAUGUACUAGGACAAGAUAGCAGGAAAAUCAGCAUUGCAUGGAAUCCACCAGAUGAUGGCAACAGUCCAAUAACUCGAUAUGUGCUGCAAUACAAUCCUACUCAAGUUUCAUGGCAAGGUCCAUCCCAAGAAAUGACUGUUGAUGGCAAACAGAACAGUGCUGUGGUGUCUCAGUUGCACCCAUCAACACUCUACAGCAUUCGUGUGGUUGCUGAGAACAAUCUUGGCCCUGGUGCCCCAAGCCAAGAAAUGCUGGCACGCACUGAGGAAGAGGCUCCUACAGCACCACCACGCCAUGUAACUAUUGAUGCUGUAAGCUCCACACAGCUCAUGCUUACUUGGGAUGCACCUCCAGAGGAUCACCUGAAUGGCAUGCUGCUUGGACAUUAUGUUGGUUUCCGCCAAAUAGGAGAAUCUGAAGGAAAGGUACACUACAACUAUACAACAGUACCAUGGAAAGGAUAUGGGAAAGAAGAGUACCAUCUAGAAUCAUUAAAGAAGUAUAGCAAAUAUGGUGUUGUUGUCCAAGCUUUUAAUAGCCGAGGACCAGGACCACUUUCAGAAGAAGUUGUGGCUCAGACACUGGAAGAUGUUCCAGAGGCUGCUCCCAGAGAUGUUCGGUGUACAGCACUGUCUUCAGAAUCACUCCAAGUCAGCUGGCAACCUCCGCCAGAAUCAUUGGUACAUGGUGUAAUCCAAGGGUACAGACUUAUUUAUGAACCAGUGUCACCCUCUCAACAGCAAGACAUAGAUGAAACAAGGACUAAAAUGACACCAACACUUACUACAGUUUUGCAUGGUCUUUUCAAAUUCACAAACUACAGUGUUCAGAUACUAGCCUUUACUCGUGUUGGUGAUGGUGUAAAAUCACCAAAAGUGUUCUGUAUGACAAAGGAAGAUGUUCCAGGUGCACCAGCUGGAAUUAAAGCACUACUACAAGCACCAGAUACAGCAGUGGUUACUUGGUUACCUCCAACUCACCCAAAUGGUAUUAUAGUGAAGUAUGUCAUUUACAUACGUAUUGUAGAUAAUGGGCAUCAAGUAGAUGCUCGCUCAGCCCUUCAUCUGUCAAUGUCAGAUUUACGGUUUACUCUUCCUGGAGUUAAAAGACGAUUGAGAUAUGAGUUCUGGGUUACUGCUUUUACCAAAAUUGGAGAAGGUCAGAGUACACCAGUGGCAUCAGUGACACCAGAGUCAAAAGUUGCAGUUAGGGCAGGAAUUAUUUCAUUCGGGGGACCAAGGAUGGUGACGUGGAAGAGCGAUGUACGUUUACCGUGCCAAGCUGUAGGCAUCCCUGAACCUAAACGGCGAUGGCUAGAAGCUGGAGAUGUACCAUUAAACCAGCACCCAAGAAUCAAUUUUGCUCCUGAUGGUUCUCUUCUCCUGUCAAAAGUACAAAGAACUGAUCAGGGUGACUACACAUGUCAUGUCUCUAAUGAGUAUGGAGAAGAUACCAUUGUUUAUCAACUUUUAGUUCAAGUUCCACCAAGUGCACCAUUACUUAUAGUUCCUACAGCUUCACAUGAUACCCUGCAUUUACAAUGGAAGCUUGGUGACAAUGGAGGAAGUCCUGUACGUGGCUUUAUUGUACAUUUUAAACUGGAGCAUGGUGAAUGGGAAGAAAUGAAACUAGAUGCAUCACAGAACACACAUGCUUUGACCAAUCUUCGUUGUGGGACACUCUAUCAUGUUUUUAUAACAGCUUACAAUAGAGUUGGUAGUGGAGAUCCCAGUAAAACACUGGCUGUCAGAACUCGAGGCGAGCGUCCACACAUACCACCUCCUUAUGAUGUUCUGGUUAUUAAUUCUACAAGUGUUGGGCUACGUCUUGCCACUUGGCCAGAUGGAGGAUGUCCUAUAUUAUAUUUUGUUGUUGAAUAUUCAAAUUAUGUACCUAGAGGAGCAGACAACUGGAUUACAGUGGCAAAUAACAUUGGCCUUGAGAAAUUAUUCCUGAUUGUUGGUCUAAGCCCUGGAACAACAUACAAUCUUAAAGUUACUGCACACAACUCAGCUGGUUCAAAUGUUGGGAAUUACCAAUUCACAACCCUUGGUAUCAAUGGAGGUGUGAAUACCCCAAACCAGAUAUUAGUGAAUGGUGAUGAACAACUACCACUACAUAAGGAUUUGAAAGUGAUACUGUUAUCAGUUUUUUCUGCUUUGGUUGUCAUAGCAAGCAUCAUUGGUGUCUGCAUCUGUGUAAGGAAAAAAGCAAGAGAACAUUCAGAACCAGAAACUUCCAUUCCUGAAAUUCAAACCACUGUUGCACAAGAUAAUAAACACAACAUAGCUCGAAGAGAGCAGUAUUAUGCAACAGUUCGCAAGUUACCUCCAUCCCCUGCAGGACUUGAAUGCAUUCCAGAGUACUCAGAAGAUAUUAGGCCAUAUGCUACUUUCCAUGUUGCUACACCAGUCAACACAGAAAGCACAAAAAUGCAGACAUUUGUAUACCGUGAAGGUGAUGCAUCACCGACUAGAAAGUCUAUGAGGAGUGAGUACUGUCGUGUGAAGAAAUCUCGACCAAGUGAGGAGUAUGACAGUUUUGGUUCUGAAUCUGACACAGAACCUGGUACUUCAAGCCGCACAGAAUCAUCUAACCAGCUAGAUGAUGGUGGAAUGGUAGCUGCUUAUCAUCCUCCUCUCCCUCGACUUGUAAAGCCUUCCUUCGAUCCUAUGUAUCCACAUCAAGACUGGAGCUCCACAACAGAGCCAUCACCAGGGUCAGACAGGCGUCAAUUUCAGCGCAGAAUCUGUCAGGCUCAUCACUUAAAAUAAAGUACGUUGAGCAACAGGUAGAAGUCUAUCAGAAAAUCCUUUUCCUUUACCUGACAGAAAUCAGUUUCAGAGUUGAAACUGUCUGUUCAGUGAGCUCCAUGUUUUAAAACUGUGUAAGGUCCAAAGCUGUUGAUGUUCGGUGUUUAAAUCAAUUUCUAUCACCUGCCAGAAGGCAAUUUCAACUAAAAAAAAAGUCAAUCUUACAUGUUAAAUGUUUAAAAACAAAUUAAAAAGACAAAAAAAUAUAUGUGUAUGAGCUCUAAACCUGUUGAUGUUUGGUGUUUUCUGUGUAAUGUCUGUAACCGUCCUAAAAUAAGCACUGAUACCAAAUACGUAUUUCUGAAUUUUUGAAGAAUUUGUUCUCUGGUACUGGUGAAUUAAGGAAAGAAAUACAUUUCGAAUUGCUCACUUUUACCUGACGAUGUGGGUGUAAUCAUCAGUAUCAAUGAUUAUACUGGUAGUAAACAUAUAUACAUAUAUAAAAAUAUAUAUUUCUCAUACAUGUGCCAAAUGAAUUCUGGGUACAGACAAAUAUAAAAAUGAAUAUAUUCUUUAA